ACGCCCCCCUCCCCUCCCCUGGAGAGAGGACAAGAUGGCUGCCAGUGACUGAGAUAAGAAGCUAGUUAUUUGACAAUGUAAACAUUGUAAACAUUAUAAACAUUUCCCCACUCAGCAAACCGGAGCGGGAACGACGUUACCUGAUAGCUUUGUCUCGCGUACGUUAUCACAAAACAAACGUCAUAUUUAUUUAUUUUUUUGUUACGUUUCUUGUCAAAGGUACGCUUUUUUUAAUUAGCUCUGCGAGCUAGCCACGGAUUAACUCAUUUAUUUGUUUCUAUAACAUCAAUGAAAGACUCCUAAUAGCAUUGCCGAGGAUAUAGUCUGACAAGGUUGUUCUAUUCAGAUUCGCUACGGGACGACGACAUUUGCUAGUAAGACGUUGCGCCCGUGUGAAUUAAAGUUGCACGUCAUGUCUUUAAGGAGCAACUAAAAGUCUUAAUCUGGAAAGAUGAUGGCCAAUCGGUCUGGGCGUCGUGGAAUCCAUCUGGACCAGUCUGAGCUGCUGUGUACUAAAGGAUGUGGCUUUUAUGGCAACACUGCCUGGCAGGGCCUGUGCUCUAAAUGCUGGCGGGAGGAGAACCAGAGAGAGAAACAAAAACAGAUCCAAGACGACUGGGCUUUAGCUGAAAGGCUGCAGCGAGAGGAAGAGGAAGCGUAUGCAAGCAGACAUCAGACGUCGACGUCGCAGCCAGCUGUCACCUCUUUCAGCAAGUUUGAGGAACGCAAGACAAAGGAAAAGUCCAGCAAAGUCAACACGGUCACCAAAUUUUUCACUCCCUCUAUUAAAACACCACUAAAGAAAGAUGCUGCUGCCCCUUUUGAUGCUCAGUCCAGCCCAAGUUCCACAUCCACAGCUAACCGUGCCUCCUCUCUGGACAACGACCACGCAACAAAAGAGUUCAUCGACUUUCUUAAGCCUCUGAAAUACGGCCGACAAAUCUUUAAACAAUGUCGGGCUUUUACUGAGAGCAUGGCCUACAAGAGGGACAUGGGUGCUGACGACAUGUCUGAAUGUGUGCAGGACUUCUACCAGAAUCUCUCUGAUCGCCUCCAGUCUCAGUUCAAAGGUUCCUCUGAGUAUGUAGAAGGCAUCAUGGACGAGGUGGAAAGGUACAUGAUGACGCGUCUUUACAAGGAGGUUUUCUGUCCCGAAACCUCUGAUGACGAGAAGAAAGACCUGGCCAUUCAGAAGAGGAUCAGAGCUUUGCACUGGGUCACCAUCGAGAUGCUUUGCGUUCCCGUCGAUGAGGAGAUCCCUGAAGUGUCCGACAGUGUGGUUAAAGCUAUCACAGAUGUGAUCGAAAUAGAUUCCAAGCGAGUGCCCAAGGACAAGCUGGCGUGCAUCACACGAUGCAGUAAGCACAUCUUCAACGCCAUUCGCAUCAGCAAGAAGGAGGCGGCGUCGGCGGACGACUUCCUGCCGACGCUCAUCUACAUUGUACUGAAAGCAAACCCCCCACGGCUUCAGUCGAACAUCCAGUACGUCACCCGCUUCUGCAACCCCAGCAGGCUCAUGACCGGAGAGGAUGGCUACUACUUCACUAAUCUGUGCUGUGCCGUGGCCUUCAUUGAGAAGCUGGAUGGAAAGUCUCUUAACAUGACCUCAGAGGAGUUUGAUCUCUACAUGUCGGGCCAGGCGUCCCCCAACUUCCCAGCCAGCGGGCCGUCAUCUUGCACCGCGGGCAGCGCGGCGCUCAGCCAAGUCCACAAGCGCCUGGACCUACUGACGGGCCUCGGUGAACGGCAGGAGCGCGUCAUGGAGAGAGCGCGCCAGCUGGAGAACGACCUCAUCGACUGGACGGACGAAGUGGAGCAGAAGGUGCACAGCGUUCUGGACAGUUUUGAGACGCCGAACCCUCCCAUCGCCAACACCAGCUCGGCCACGGGGGCCCCGCCAUCCUCCAUGACCAUCGACUCUGAUAAUGUUGAAAACGAGCACCUGCCGCCGCCGCUGCAGCCACAAGUAUUUGCUGGUUGAUGCUGGACCUGUCACUUCAGGUCGCUGCCUCCGCUCUGGUUGGCCUGCACAUGAAACAUCCCAUCCAUCUUCUAUAGCGCUUAUGGUGAGUGGGGAUUGAACCCACGCAAGCUGCACAAAUGUCAUCUACGUGAACCACAGGUGAGGAUACGUUUCACGACGGCAUCAAAGUUAAAAUACCCCCAAUUGAGGCUACAUCUGCAGAUUCAUCAAAUUGCUGUUUUAUUUACUGAAGAAGAGAAUCAUUUCCACAGGCGCAUGCAUGUUGCUGCAUGCACAUGUUUGUUACAUCAUCCUAAACGUCCUCUUACUCCUGCCAUCAGGCCAUUAUCAGACACACUGGGGUGCUGGGAUUUUUUAAAUAUUUAGACUUUGGUUGCUCGACAUAAUCAACAUUCUGUAGCGAUAGAGCUAAUGGAAAAACAAGAAAAACUGAAGUGGAACUUAAACUCAAUCUGUUGUGAACUUUUUAGGAUUUUAACCAUUUAUUUAAAACAUACCUACAGUAUAUUUGAAAGAUAUAUCAGGUCACAUCGGUGUAUGUCUUGCUCUGCCACCAUUCUAUUUAACCCUUCAGACUCUGUUUAAAAUAAACUGUUUAACGUUUGAUUUAUCGCAUAAAACUGGAAUACAUAGGUUUUAUAUAUAUAUAUAUAUACAUAUAUAAAAACAACUCUUCCACAUUUUACUUGUUUCCCACAGUGGUACGUCUCAUUAAUAUUGCAUCAAAUGAGAGAGUAUGCCUAUUCUUGAAAAGUUUGUUAUACUUUUAGCCUUAUUACGUCUGAAAAUAUAGGAUAUACGUCCACUUUUGGUCCCCCGAGAUGCCUCAAGGCCUCAAUGUUAAGUCACAUGUUGAAGCCCUGGAGAAGCCAUCGACCACCAU